AUGAUUAGUGUCGAAAUUCCUACAAACUCUGAUCUUGAUAUGCACAACAAGCCCAAAGUAGUGAAGGAAGCUGCAAACAAAAUUUGUCUACUCACGUACGAUGAAUACCAUAAAUUUGGAAAAAACCCAUACCCGAAAGAACGAGUUGUGGGUUCUGGGCCAGACCUCGUUGAGCAGUCGGCGCAGUAUUGGAUAGACGAAGCUCAAGCGAGUAUCAAGGCGCGGCAGACGCGACUGCGUGAUGCUAACGGCUCGGCGCGGAACGUGGUGAUGUUCCUGGGAGACGGCAUGUCGGUGCCCACGCUGUCUGCCGCGCGCACCCUGAUGGGGCAACGUGACAACCGUCCCGGCGAGGAGUCGCAACUUGCCUUUGAGGCCUUCCCCACCGUAGGCCUUGCUAAAACCUACUGCGUGAAUGCACAAAUCGCCGAUUCAGCGUGUACAGCGUCAGCGUACCUUUGUGGCGUGAAAGCUAACCGCGGCACCAUCGGCGUGACAGCGGCUGUGCCACGUUUCGACUGCGUUGCCGCAGAAGAAGAUCAUCAUCAGCUGAGUUCUAUCGCUGCGUGGGCAUUGCAGGACGGAAGGGAUGCCGGAAUAGUGACGACUACUCGCGUCACGCACGCGUCGCCCGCGGGGGCUUACGCGCACACGGCGGCGCGUGACUGGGAGAGCGACACGGACGCGCGUGCUGACUGCGGGGUCGGCACCGUGCAGCGUGAUAUCGCACACCAGCUCGUGCACUCGUACCCCGGCCACCAGUUCAAGGCAAGACAGUGA